AUGAGGGAAGACGACGACGACGCUUCGUCCUGCGCCUCGAAUGAAGUCGUGGUGGAUGAGGAGGAUGAGGAGGACGAGAUGGAGCACGAGGACGGAAUUCCGGAGCGGAACGGACUCAAGAAGAGCCCAUUUUCGGUUGAGCAGCUACUAGCCAGCCCGCUGGUCCGGCUAGCUCGUGCUCACCGGCAGCUCCUCCAGAUGACGACGUCUCCAGAGCAGGCGAUCGGCUUUGCUGUCUCUGGCUAUCGAGCUUCAUCCUCAGCCAAUGGCCCCAGCGGCUCGGCCGCUUAUUUUCCGGGAUUUCCUGCGUCAUAUGGCGCCGAUUUUACGGCGUAUAUGGCUGCGCAGACGGCGCACAUAGGACUGCAAUGCGGAAUUGACCCAUCUCGAGCAGCAGCCCACGGUAUCCACCUACCCAUCGGGCAACGCCGGAAGCGACGGGUCCUUUUUUCACAAGCACAGGUCUACGAGCUCGAGCGCCAAUUUAAACAAAAGAAAUACCUCACAGCGCCUGAACGAGAACAGCUAGCCCACACCAUCCAUCUCACCCCCACCCAGGUAAAGAUUUGGUUCCAGAACCAUCGAUACAAGUGCAAGCGGCAGGAGAAGGAGAAGGCGAUGACCGAGGGCCGUCCACCCCGUGAAGACACCGCAACACCGCAGAGUCCACCACCGCCAGGGCAUGACAAAUCACCAAUGCCCUCCUCGAAUAAGGUGAAAGAAGACGUGCUGCCCGAACUCAAGGCCCCGCCGCUGUAUUCGAAUACCGUACCCCCAGCCGUGUACGGCCAGCCGUUCGCCUUCACGUUCCCGUCGUAUCCGGGGCCGUACUACGGCCAUGUGCGUCCGGGAUGG